AUGGCUGCUGCGGUGGCACCGGUCGAGCUGCCCACGGGACGGCGCUCCUACUACAAUACCUCGACUCCGGUCGACAUUCACGACCCCAAUUGGAUUCCUGUGCUGGACAGCGCUGCCUACAAGCCGCCCUUGUCCCCGACCGAGAAAGAGGUAUCGACCUACCCGCCGCCGUCCGCCUCCUUCUCCCUCUUUCCAUCCCAGGUCAACUCUCCCAAACCGCGCCCAGCCAUCGCUCAUAGUUAUUCCAAGAGCUCCCUGGCCCCCGAGAGCGUCACGUCGGAUUCGGAUUCAAGGUCACAGAGCCCCCAGGACAGCAUUGAACCACUGCCCAGCAUCGGAGGUCCCAUUCAAGCGUCUCAGGAUGGCACGCGGGGGCAUAAUCGGCAGCCCACGUCCACCACGGCAGCUUCAAGUGAAGAGAAGAUCUCGGUGCAUACAGAGGGUGCUGGAGACGCGGGUGGCUCACCCCACAGCGAAGAGCACGAAACGGCAAGUGUGAUGGAGGACCAAGAAUUGGUCCACCCAGGGCCACCCCCAGAACCGUUGGGAGAGUCAAUGAUAAACCCAUCUUCUCGGUCGUCCAUGGUCUCGACAAUGACGAAGAAGAGCACCGUCCUCCCGCCAACGUCCAAGUACAAUCGAAAACAUGUGACGUCCGUGGCCACUCCCACCCCAAGCCGGUCAUUCGUUCCCAGCCUACCUCAGACUCCUCAGGAAUCGCCCCAGCUGAGACCAACCGUACCUGCAACAACUCCUUUACCCCAACCACUACCAUCGCCGAGACUGCCGCCCACGGAAGCGUCCCGACAGCCCGAGGGCUCCCAAAAGCUUCAACCGAUGAAGUCGACAGCGUCCGAACGGCGACAACGAGCGCUCCAUUCACACCCGUCCAACGUCUCGUUACGGUCACAGCGUAACUCGAGCUCGGACGACGCCGAGAUCAUACCCAGACCGCCAUCCGUGCGCAACAAGUCCAAGAAAUCGACUGACUCGCGUGCCACCACCCCGAGAUCCACCAUCUACGAUUCACAGCUCCCGACGCCGGCCCCCACAACACCACUCCCCCAACUACCACCGGGAGCACAGAUGCGACGGCCGUCGACACGCGAAGGCAAUUCGCAGCGGAUCUUACAGGGCCCCAUCGACGAACCGGUGCCGACCGGUGCCUCUCCUUUUCGGCCAUUUGAACAUGCCGAGAUGGCCUCGUUUAUGACCGAGAAGAACACGAUCAUAUGCCGACGGUUUGAUGCCGUGCACGUGAGACUGCUGCUGUGCUUGCAAGACGAGAUCUCGCAGCUGGAGAAAGAGCUUCUGAAGCUGGAAAACUCGAACUCGCCAGGCAGUGCGUCGGAGAAAAUGCUGCAAAAGACCCGGAUUCUGCGAGAGUUGCGGAAAGUGGUUGCAGAAUAUGAUCACCUGUUCACCACGUGGAGCAACAUGCAGGCCAACAAAGCCCGCGAGUCGACGACCCGGGAGCUGAAGGAGUGGCUCGCGAAGCCGGGGACCAGCAUCGAGGCCGGCCUGGGCAUCAACACGCAACAGGACCUGCAGUGGCUCGAGAACACCAAGGACCUCAGCAGUAUUGAACUGGGCGACAAGGAGGCCGAUCCUGCACCCGAUGGAGAAAAGGGCAACCCAGAAACCGCCGGAGGUAGUGGUGCUGCUGCUGCUAAUGGUGGAGGGGGCGGGUUCAUGGCAUUAUUUGGGUGCGGCGGCAAAAGGAAGUAA